AAACCAAACCCAUCCUUUUCCACUAGCGCCGCUAAAGUUAUACCCUCCUCCCCGUGUGCUUCACUACUACCUACUUCAUCAGUUGUUGUCACCUUAAUUUCUUCUCCAAGCUAGCUAGAAAUGGCGGGCAAAGUUGAGAAGGUGAUGAUCAGCCUGGACGCGUCCAAGGAGCUCCCUUCAACUGCAAUCAUAACGGCGCUGCAUGGCCUCUUCCUCAGGCCCCUCGACAAGACUACCCUUCUGGGAAUCAUUCCACCGCUGCGUUCUGCGGCAACCACCCCUCCCUCAAUGGCCUGUGGAUUUUUAACCAGAUACAAGCGAAAACUGGACUCCAGCUCGACUAUAAAACAGAAAGAGGAACUCUCGGACCAAGAAAUGGAAAGGAAGAUGGAUGCGUACCGGAACAAGGAUGAAGUAUGGGAAAUAACUGACUUCUGCCGAAGGAAACAGAUCGAGUUCGAUGUGCACGUGCAAAUAGGCUACUCGUUGAAGGAUAUUACAGUGGAAGCUGCGAGCAAAAUAGGAGCGACUUGUGUUAUCCUUGACAGACAGAUGAAGAAAGAUGGAAAAUAUGUCAUGGAGAAUCUCUCAUGCAGCAGAAUAUUAAGGCUGAAAACUGAUAAUACCAUAGAGUAUCUGAGGCAGCCAAGGGGACUGGGAAUCAGUAUAAGCAAUACUGAAAGAGGCCAAAGCAGCCACAGCAAUUGUGAUUGCUCUCACAUAAUCCAUGAAGGAACUUCUUCUAGAGGGCAACCGCAACAACGGGCAUUCGAGAACUUGGUUUGUUCUGUUUGCAACAACAGACGGCCCAGCAUUGGAUUCUUCAAACAAUUCAAGUUCAAGGACAUCAAGGAUGCGACAAAUUCUUUCUCUCCUCAAAAUUUGAUGUCUGACGGCGGGGGCAGUGGCAAGGACAUCCACAUGGGACAGCUAGCUAAUGGAAUGCUGAUUACUGUGAAAGAGCACAGCUUCUUCUCUGACAUGGUCAGAAAACAUGCUGUAAGAGAUCCGAAAGAGAAAGAGUUCAAGUCGGAGGUUCGGUUCCUUGGAAAAAUCAGAGAUGAGAACGUCGCUAUGCUGGUGGGAUUUUGCUCAGAAGAUGGUCACAGGCUGCUUGUUUAUGAAUACGUUUGCGAUGGUUCUCUGGAACAAUAUCUCUCAAACAAGAGAGAGCUGAAAUGGGACAAGAGAGUGGAAAUAGCCACCGGAACAGCCAAAGGCUUGCAGUAUCUGCACACAAAGAGAAUUUAUGGAAACGUGAGGCCCUGCAACAUCUUCCUAACACAUGACCACCACCCUUUGCUUAUGAAUCUUGAACUCACAAGACAUCAGUACGAUGAACCGGCUGAUCAGACACUAGGGCGUGACGCCAGAAGAACUUUUGAGUACGUAGCGCCUGAGUAUGCAGAAACCGGGAAAGAUUCAAGCAAGAGUGAUGUUUACUCAUUUGGGGUGAUUCUUCUAGAGCUUAUCACUGGCCGAAGAACUACUCAAGAUACAAAUGGCCACAGUUUCCUGCGAUGGGCAAGACCGCUGGUGAAAAAGAAGAUCUAUGGAGACUUGAUCGAUCCAAUGGUGAUGGAUUCGCAUGAUCUUCACCAACUCUUUUGCCUAGUCCAUCUGGUGGAAAAAUGCCUCAGCUGGGAUCCUGAUAGAAGGUUCUCAAUAGACAAGGUGGCGGCUGGUCUAACACGUAUAAGUCAAGGUCUCGACAUUGGAGAAUUCUCUCCCCCUGAAUCUGUUUAAGAUGACGAGCUAGCGAUGAUCAAACAGCCAAGUAAGAUUACAGAAGACUCGGCGAUCUGCUACAGAGUUUGAUAAAU